UAUCAUCACAACUACGAAGGAUCCCUUGAAUAAUUCCCGUAUCAACAACCCUCCUUGGGCUGAAUUCAUUGUGUUCUUCGAUUUUGCUAGAUCAUCCAGCAAGCUAAAUAUCAAUUCUUUGAUCAGAACGACUCCGGGUUAUAUAUACAGAAAUAACGUAGUGUGACUGAUCUGAUUCAACCAUUUUCUGGGUGCCAUAUGGAUAAGACAGAAAACAAUGACGAUUUUACCUUUUGUCAGGUUGGUGUUCCUGAUGACGAAAACAGUAAUGCACAGAAAGGUAUUCCAGAUGUUAGCAGUAUCAGUAUAAAUGACGAAAAUAAGAAUAGUGGAACUAUUUGGAGUGACAAUUCGAGAAGUACUGCGGAUUUGGAGAAGCAUGAAAAAGUUGGAUCCUUAACUUUUAAGGUUAUUGAUGCAUCGUCGCAAAAAAAGCCGACAGAACGUCCCAAACAAGCAGCAGUAGAUGUUGGAAGUUCAGUUGAUACGUCACAGAGACCCAAAAUUGUUGCGAAGAAGCCGGCAUCCCGGGCGAAGGUUCCUUUUCAAAUUGGGUAUAGCCAUAUGGAUUGGCUCAAGCUUACUCGCACGCAUCCUGAUCUGGCAGGAUUAAAGGGACAGUCGAACAAGAGGCUUAUAUCUUUAGCUGAAGUUAAACAACACCAAACAGAGGACUCGAUGUGGACUGUUCUUAAAGGCCGUGUUUACAACAUCACCCCAUACAUGAAGUUUCAUCCUGGAGGUGUCGAUAUGUUGAUGAAGGCGGUUGGAAAAGAUUGUACAGCAUUAUUCAAUAAAUACCAUGCUUGGGUGAAUGCGGAGUUCAUGCUGGAGAAGUGCCUCGUCGGUGUUCUUGAAGAUAGCCGGCGAUGAUUUUUGAAAAGAUAAAUUUCUACAUCAUAUUCGUAUUAUACGCUCAGAUCAAGAAACACCAAGACUAUUGUAAUAUUUGACAUGUCUAAUGUUGUAAUGAUUUACAUGUUGUACAUUCAUCUGGAUAUUUGCAUAUGCAGAUUUAUUUUCUUUUAC